CAAGCAUUUACAAUUGCUUAUCAGUGUGUCACAUGUGUUGUGAGUUGACCUGAUGGUCCCAAACUCUGAUUCUUAACUGUGAUGAUAAAGUUUUACUCAUGCAAUUUUUUGAUGUUUUAUUAAAACAAGUGAAAUUAUAAAAAAUGCUGCUAUUAACUCAUACACAAAUCUUAAUCAUCACUCUUAUGUCACUUGCUUCAGCAGUUGUGACUACUCAUCAUAAAGCUCGUCACAAACAUAAUUUGUUAAAUUUUCGUGGCAAUGACAUAAAUGAGAUUCGAGAAGCAUUUGAUCAAUAUCGCAGUGUUAUUCAUAAAACAAAACUGCAUGAUAAAUUAGAAUCGAUUUCAAGUGUAUAUGAUGAAGACUCCAUCAAUGAACAUGAUUACGAUUUUAAAGCAGUCAAGAAAAAUAUGAAGUUUGACGCUAGAAAAUCACACGUGUCGUCAACUGGAUUUAAAAAUUAUCCCGCAAUUGAUUUAGGAUCAAAUGAAAUGUUUGUAAGAAAUAAAAGAAUUCAUACAUCAACGAGACGAACUACAACCACAGUUAAGUCCAUUGAUAAUUAUGAUGAAGAAUAUGAUGACGAUGAUAAUGAUACAACGAAUCGGCGUCUAAAUGAUGAUGCACAAGCGUCUUCUUUGCAGCAUAACAACAAAUAUCUGUCUGAUAGCCAGAAUCAUCAAGAAUCUGAAGGCGAAUCGUUGACAGAUUUCAAAAUGAAAACUCUUGGCACCAUGGAAGACGUCCGUAAUAGUUUUCAGCAAGAGAUCAUUAAACAACAAAGAAACAAAGGACAAGAUGUUCAUCAUCACAUAAGACAAAAUAUCUUGCGACUAAAAAUCGAUGGAAUGUGUCGUUGGCCAAAUAAGAAGUUGAUUGAGAUGCCACAGUACGCCCAUAAAAUGUACACACCUCGAAAGUACGUGAUUUAUCAAUGCAGCGAUGAUACAGCAUGUUGUGGAUCCAGCGAUAAAACAUGCGUAGCAAAGAAAACUGAAGAAAUUGUUUUGUGGUUUCAUGUCAGAUAUGUAGACUCGACUGGUGUCGAACCUUUAAAAAUUCAGAAUCACACUGAAUGUGAGUGCAUAUACAAGAACAGACCUGUAAAUAAUCGAGGAACAAGAAUUGCUUACUCAUGGCCAUUACCAACAACUUCUACUACGACACAAUCGCCCGCUUGUCGAUGUCCAAGUCAUUUUGAAGCAAAUAUUGACGACGGAAAUUGUGGAUGUAUCUGCAGAGACAUAAAACUCGAAUGUCGUCAGAGAUAUGAAGGCAAAGAAGGUUUUACGAUUAGCGAUCAGAGAUGUAUCCUCAACAACGAAUGCAUUCAACCUCAUUGCCUUCAUGGUGUUUAUUCAACAAGCAACGGGCGAUGUCCAGACAAAAAUGAUAAGAUCAAUAAAGGCUUUCAAGGUACGAGAUUCGUACGGGAAAUAUUUUGAAAGGAAAAUGCCAUGGCUAUGGACAAUUAAAUAGCAGACAUGCCUCAUAAAUAAUUAUUAUAAAGAGCCUCACAUUAUAGAUAUUUUUGAUUAAUUAUCUUGAAAUGCAAUCUCUGGAAUGAAAACAAGAAAAAACAUACACACAAAAAAAAGUAUUCUUUGAUUCAUGUUUGCAACUUCCAAAAAGCCUUUAUUGUAUUCUAGUCAUUUAUUAAAUACGUUAGGCAUAUUUUAAUUAAUAACAUGUAGAGCCUUCGUCUAAAAUAAAUAAUAAAUAAAACUUUGAGCAAACAUAAGAAAACACAACAGAAAAAACACGCAAUGAGAAUCAAGCAAGAACUAGUCGUAUGAAAUAUGGAUGUAAUUUCUACUUAUGUUAUUAAAGUUCUUUGGAAAUACAAAUAAUUACGAUAACAACAUCAACAUUAGGACUUGUAAAUGAACAAAUUGCAUAUUUGACAUUUGUCACUAUGUGUGUACAUUCUUAGAUUAUUGGAUCGCAUGAGAAGAACACGCUUUUAUGUUCAACGAUAACAUCCCGCGUCUGUUAUUUAUAAGCUCGAACGAUGAAUGAAUUGACUUGCGGUCUUUCAAGUCGUACUAUUUAAAUGUAAAAAAAGAAGAAAAUUAAAAUAUUCCGAACGAUUUCUUUUCUCUCACACAUGUUGCGUUUCAAUUUUUUUUUAAGUUCUCAAAGUUUGUGUCGUCUGUUGCCAAGCAAUAACAAUUAAAGUUAAUGUCUUUUAGAUGAUGAGGAAAUAAUUUUAUCAUAAGAGAGUUAAAUUUGUUAGAAUUAAGCGAGCUAG